AAAUUGGCAGCACUGUCUGCAGGUUGCCAGCGUAUGAGUUUUGCUUCGGCUUUUGCCCAUUUGUUUUGUCCAUUGGUAUAAUAAAAUGAAGCUGCAUAAUUGGAGACUUUGGCUAAGCUGCCUGUUGCUGCUUGUGAUAUCGCAAACGAGUCAUGCAUGGCAUUCGGAGGAGCUGGAGAUCUUUGAUCUGGUCGAGGAGGUCAACAAGAAUUUCUACGAGUUUAUGGGCAUCAAUCAGACAGCCACGAACAAUGAGAUCAAAAGGGCCUUCCGUACUCUCUCGAUUGUGUUACAUCCGGAUAAGAAUUCCGCCGAGGACGCCAAUAUACAGUUCCGUAACCUCGUCUCCAUCUAUGAGGUGUUGAAGGAUUCGUCGAAGCGGGAAAAAUACGACAAGGUGCUUCGAGAUGGAAUGCCCAAUUGGAAGUCAGCCCUUUACUAUUACCGCCGGAUGCGAAAGAUUGGUUUGUAUGAAGGAGCCUUCAUUCUUUUCCUAAUUACCACCGUGGGCCAGUACCUGUUUGCGUGGGCCGCCUAUCUGGAGAAGAAAUACACGGCGGAACAGGUAUUCGGCACUAAACUCAAGAAGUUGCAAAAAAAGAACAAAAACAUUGACAUGGACGUCAUUCUAAGUGAGAUUCCCAUGCCAUCGCUUCUGAACACGCUACCCAUUCAAAUACCUCUGGCCAUAUGGAAUCUACCCAAGACCAUAAAGAAUGGCUUCAGUAAGGCCAACGAGCUUAAGGAAUUGGCCCUGGAAAAGAGAAGGCAGGAAAUCGAGACGGCUCGUCGCCAGGAGGAACUUGAACGGGAGGCUGAAGAGCAGGUUCGGCUGCGCAAAGAGCAAAAAGAAAAUCUGCGUAAACGCAAACAAAAUACUACAGCGCCCGUUAAAACCGAAGAAGAGUUACGUGGCUAUUCCCAAAUUCAGGCUCGUGAGCUCACCGAAGAUGAUGCGAUUCGUCCGGCCAUUCAAAAGAGCACUGUCAGCGGUGGCUUUUGGACAGACGAGGAUCUCACUGAACUAAUCCGAUUGGUUAAAAAGUAUCCAGGUGGCGCCGGCAGUCGUUGGAACACAAUUGCCGAGUCCAUGAAUCGUUCUGUUCAGGAGGUUACCUUCAUGGCGGCCAAAAUGAAGGAAAACGGAUAUCGCAUACCAGGACAGGCCGAUUCCGGCAAUUCGUCCGCAGACCAGUUACGCGUACAGGAAAAGACGAAAGUAAAGUCAACGGCUUCCUCAUCUGGUUCGGGUGAGAAGAGCAUGCUUAUACCAGAAACGAACUGGACGCAAGAACAACAGAGGGCUUUGGAAGCAGCCAUCGUGAAGUAUCGGAAAACAACUGGCGGUGAUCGUUGGCAAAAAAUUGCCAAUAGUGUGCCGGAAAAAACUAAGGAUGAGUGUCUGGUACGCUAUAGGUACCUUUGCGAACUGGUUAAGACCCAAAAGAAAGCCGAGGAGGAGGCGAACAUGGAGAUUAAUGAAACACCCACCGAAGAACUUCCUACAACUUCUGCAACGGAAAGCGACCAACCAUUGCCAGCAUCAGAUCCAGAUCCGCCAGCGACUAAAAAGUUGAGCAAACGUGAGCAAAGGCGACGAAAACGAGAUCUCUCCAGUGGCGAGGACUCGGACGAUGCUUAUCAAUAUGAAAUCAGCUAAUUCUUCCAUUUGUUAGGAUUCAAAAACAAACAAAAAAAAACCUAUUCCUUUUGCAAUUCUCGCAUAGCUCAAAUUUAGACGUAACUCUUCUGUUGUCCCUUUAUUAAUUUUACCGUGUAAUAGUUUCUAUAUACGUAUUUAAAUAUGUUUCUUUACACAUAUGGAACGCGAAAAAAAAAUGAACUACUUAAAUUUUGUAUAUACGUUUAUUUUAUUAUGACUUUGCUCUAGUGUAUAAGGUGGAGUGCAGUAAAAAUGGAAAGAGGAUAAAGAAUGAUUUAAUCGACAAAAAAAAAAAGAAAAAACGAAAAUAUUUAAAUAAAUAACUCUAAUAAUGAUCCAUCAGAAUGUUUCAGAAUUGUCAUGA